AUGUUGCGCAGAUUCCGAGCUGUUUCCGAAAUCCUUUCACGAAUGAGAGUGGUCGGUAUAUCUCUUGUUUGCCUAUCAGCCCUCCGAUCUACGGAACUUGGUGGUGUCCACGGCCGGCUCGACGGCAGCGGCCGACGAAGGACCAGGGGGGGCAUCUGGGCUGCGACCUGUAUCUUUUCCUCAAGCGCCUGCGGCGGCAUUGAUCACGGAUACCGAUGGACGGACCGACUGACAAAUGAACCCCCAACACGAGAUCCGCUCAGCAGAAGGACGCAGGUUGACUGCGGUCUGCUCCGCGAGAGCGGUGUUCCAGGCGCGACGCACGUCGCAACUGCAAGCAAUACGGGCUUUACUGGAAGGCUAACCAAUGGCGGGCAGCACCGAGCACAUGCAGACAGGGAGCGGCGCAACAGCAGAGAGACGGGAUAG